AUGCGUCUUGCUGCCGUUUCCGGGAGCGCUCUCCGUGCAGGACUAGCGCACCAUGCGCGCGCUCUGGGCACGACACGCCACAUAAGCAACGAGAAGCAGGGAUUCCUAGAUUCUCUCAUUCACGGCGACUCGGACGCGAAAGCGAGCUUGUACCCCGAUAUGCGGCCCGAGGGCCACACAGAAGUGUACGAGAUUCGGCGUGUGAUGGUCCCGCCCAAGUACGCCGAUGCGUACCGUGCAGUUGUCGCUAACAAGAGACUUGAGAUGAAUACCAAACUUGCCGAACACUACCACGACGUGCUGGAGAGCGCGGGGAGUUGGGAGGUAGUGAUUGGCAAUGUGGGCAACUUUUGCUACGAUAAAGUAGAGCAGGGCAGUGUGACGGACCCGGUGCAGCAAGAGUUCCGCGAGAAGGUAGCUCCUUACGUGACUGGCCGCCGCAACUGGAUUACGCAGGCGUUCACCUUCUGGAACUCGAUCAACAAGCUUCACAACCAGGACAAGCUGUUUGAGCUGCGUACGUACAACUUGAAGCCGGGGAAGCUGUUGAUGUGGGAGCGCGAAUGGCGCCAAGGUCUCGACGCGCGCCGUCCUUUUGCAGAGCCGGUCGGAGCAUGGUUUUCGCACAUUGGCGCAUUGCACACGGUGUUCCAUAUGUGGGAGUUUGACUCGCUGGCACAGCGUGAGACGACACGGGCGGAUGCGUGGCAGCUCGAGACUUGGAGGAAGACGGUGGACAGGACUGUUCCUAUGAUCAACAGCAUGAACUCGCAGAUUAUGCGCCCUCUUUCGCGCCCGAACUAA